AUGCCACCGAAUCGCUCAUCAAGAUCACCGUCUUACGACUCAUGCCCGUCAGCUUCCUCGCCGGAACGUCGGGGAGCAUUAUUCAUGAUACUACUAAAUGCAUUCGUCAUCGGCGUUGUUGCCCUUACAUGGUGUCUUUCGACCCAAUUCAGCAAGACGGCUCUCAAUUUCGACACGAAACACUUCAAUGCACCAUAUUUCAUGAUGUGGUUCAAUACGAAUCUCAUGAUGACAUGUUUUCCGGUUUUUUUGAUCUAUGAGAAAUCGAGAAGUUCAAAGAGUUUGGCUAAAAUAUUCGAGGAAUGUCAGCGACCGUACGGGCUCAAUCAAAAAUUGACACCAAUCACAUUGAUCAAAUAUGUCUUGCCAUUUCUAAUUUUCUGGGUUGGCGCUAAUUACCCAUACGUUCGCGCCCUCCUUCUAAUUGCCCCCAGCAUCGCAACCUCCAUCAGCGCCUGUAACGCGGCAUUCGUCUACGUCCUCGCUAUCUUCAUGCUCAAUGAUCGACUUCAUCUCAUGAAGAUAUUUUCGGUGGUUCUCGCCAUCGCUGGAGUUGUUGUGAUCUCAUUGGACAACGAGCUCAAAAUCGAAUGGCUCGGCGUCUUUCUGGCAUUCGUUUCCGCAUUCAUGGCGGCCGUCUACAAAGUUUCAUUCAAACGGAUCAUCGGCAAUGCAUCGCUUGGAGAGGUUUCGCUAUUCAUGACAUGCCUCGGAGCGAUCAACUUCGUUUUCAAUUGGAUUCCACCGUUGAUUCUGGUUCUCACCGGCGUCGAGACUCUACAAUUCGCAUACGCUCCAUGGCUCCCAAUGAUCGGUGCAGCCUUGCUUUCCAUGGCCUUCAAUUUCACCAUCAACUUCGGAAUCGCACUUUUAAAUCCACUAGUAAUCUCUGUUGGAAUGCUGUGCGGAAUCCCACUAAAUACGGUCAUCGAUAUUCUAUUUCGUGGUCUUGAAGCGACGCCGCUGUUCAUGAUCGGCACAGGUCUUGUGAUUGUCUCAUUCCUAUUUAUCAUCAUUCCAUACGACAAAAUUCGAUUUUUCGAUUUCGCGUCUCGACGCGAAUGCGAGAAAUCGGCGCUUUAA